CAACGCCCCGAGUCCCAAAAACACUCACUUUGCGUAACGCGCGUGCUCCUACGUGCAGUAAAAGGCACUGUUACGUAAACAGCGUUAGGAACCUACAGCCCCAGUCCGGGCGGAGAGGAGAGGAAAGGCAAGGAAAGGCAGGAUUCAGCGCAGAGCUCCUUUUUAUGCAGUAGCUGGCCUGCUUUAGUCUGAAGAUUCCCCACAGGGCUUUCAGACAUCCAACUCCGACCGGAAUUCCUCACUCACAGCGUUUCCGAGUUUAUGGAUGGUGCAAAUCGGGAUCCGUGUAUGAACACCGUUUUUAUUCUGUGACUGGUAGUUUCCAUGUUUUAUUUUCAGCGUGUUGAAUGCUGGGCUAAAGCUGAAUCAGGCAACCGCCAUGGCCAGUGGAUGGAGCAUGGAGCCCGUCGGUUUUAGCAAAGCUAGCUAGCUUCAUUUUGAAGACAUAGUUAGCUACCUCAGCCCAUUUAACGUCAAAGUAGAGCUCAAGGAGAAGCGACGUUUUGCUUUAUUUGUCAUUUUAGCUCCAUAUAUAUAUUUUUUAAACAAGCCCUGUGGUGUGGCUCCUUAAAUUGCUCGUAUUGCUUGCUGCUACUAAGCUAGCUAACACGCUAAUACGGUCAAAAGACGGGUUUUUGUUAUUUUUCCGUUAGCGUGAAUAUAAUACACGGAUAAUUUAUCGCGUUUGUGCUCGACUGUUACACCAUAUUUGUUUGAAUGACAUCUUAACGGCUCGGUAACUAAGCAAAGGAUAAAGCUUCGAGCUCUAAAAACCGUCCAGCUCUCUCUCUCUCCACAGCCAGCCGGAGGAAUUUCAGCUGAGCACCACAGAGCCGUGAAAAAGAGGACAAGGCGCAGUCACUGCGCUGAGAAAGCGCUCGCUUGUGCUUCAAGAAUUAAAGCACCAUUAGGAAAGAAGAAAAAAGAGCGAAAGGGAAAGAAGAAAAAGGAGGAAAGAUGUCUGGUCGGCCCAGGACCACGUCGUUUGCAGAAAGCUGCAAACCCGCCGUGCCGCAGCCUUCAGCCUUCGGCAACAUGAAAGUCAGCAGAGAUAAGGAUGGCAGUAAGGUGACGACGGUCGGCGCGACCCCUGGCCAAGGUCCCGAUCGGCCUCAGGAGGUCAGCUACACGGACACUAAGGUCAUCGGAAACGGCUCGUUCGGUGUGGUUUACCAGGCCAAGCUGUGCGACACUGGGGAACUGGUGGCCAUCAAGAAAGUCCUGCAAGACAAGAGGUUUAAAAAUCGUGAGCUGCAGAUCAUGAGGAAGCUGGACCACUGCAACAUUGUACGUCUCCGAUAUUUCUUCUACUCCAGCGGGGAUAAGAAGGAUGAGGUGUAUCUGAACUUGGUUCUGGACUACGUCCCUGAGACGGUGUACCGAGUGUCCCGCCACUACAGCCGAGCCAAGCAGAUCCUCCCCAUGAUCUACGUGAAGCUGUACAUGUACCAGUUGUUCCGGAGCCUGGCGUACAUACACUCGUUUGGUAUCUGCCAUCGGGACAUCAAGCCCCAGAACCUGCUGCUGGACCCGGAGACUGCUGUGCUCAAGCUCUGUGACUUCGGCAGUGCUAAGCAGCUGGUACGUGGUGAGCCCAACGUCUCCUACAUCUGCUCUCGUUACUACCGAGCCCCUGAGCUCAUCUUUGGAGCUACAGAUUACACCUCCAGCAUAGACGUGUGGUCGGCUGGAUGCGUGUUAGCGGAGCUGCUGCUUGGACAGCCCAUCUUCCCUGGCGACAGCGGAGUGGACCAGCUAGUUGAGAUCAUCAAGGUGUUGGGGACUCCCACACGUGAGCAGAUUCGUGAGAUGAACCCCAACUACACAGAGUUCAAGUUCCCUCAAAUUAAAGCCCACCCAUGGACUAAGGUGUUCCGGCCGAAGACCCCUCCAGAGGCGAUCGCUCUGUGUUCUCGGUUGCUGGAGUACACACCCACAGCGCGCCUCACUCCUCUGGAGGCUUGCGCGCACGCCUUCUUCGACGAGCUCCGUACUCCUGCUCUCAAACUCCCCAAUGGUCGAGAGAGACCCCCGCUUUUCAACUUCACCACACAAGAGUUGUCCAGUAACCCCUCUCUGGCGUCUAUACUCAUCCCUGCACACGUCCGCAACCAACCUGGAGCUUCCUCUCCUUCUAAUGCCUCCUCUACUGCAGAUGCCAGCAGUGGCGAACGUGGCUCAGGCCCCAACGCUGCCGCCGGAUCCGCCCCCAACCCAUCGACCUGAGCACCACCUGUUCCUCCACAGGCCAAUCCCAUGCUGCUGCUCAUUAACCACGCCCACUUCCCCCCCAAUGUCAGGGGUUGGGCUAUGAAAAAGAAAGAAAACAACAACAAACAAAAAAAAAAAAGCUCAUGAUGAGAUACGGAUGAACCAACUGAACUUUAUAACCUUGUCUCCCCCACCCGCCCAACUCCCCUUGUCAUUUUGAUUAUUUUUAUUGUUGUUUUAUAUUUAUUUAUACUAAAGGACAGGAAGGAUGUCUUUAAAAGCCUCUCGUCAGUUCUCGGCUCGGGAAGAAGAGCAACGGACUGUGGAGAAGUUUAGAUGAUAAUAUAUAUACACGUCUGCUUAUAAAGAGAUACAGAUAUAUAGACCUAUGAGUAUGCUACAAACUUUGUGCGUCUCUUAUGAUGAUUAUUUUUUACUGUUUCACAGUAGCCUUCGUUGCUGCUUACACUGAUAGGAAAUGCAGAUUUGAGGCCCUUGCCUUUGACCCAGGACCCAUGAGAACAAAGUAUGAGGUUGCCUAUCCCAUGCUCCUCGAAAGAAAAAAUGGAGUCAGCGGUCCUUAGGGUGGAGGUUGUUUUUUUUUUUCUUUUUUUUUUUUCCCCUCAGCUUGUGGAUGAACAUUUUGGUUUAGUGCUGCUCUGAGGCCUGUGUCUGUCUUCUGAAAUAGGAUCAGCAUCCUCCUGUUUAUUUAGAGGGCAAAACUGAUCCUAGGGCAGAGAUGUUUUAUACAGGUUUGGUCACAGUCAAGGUUAUGUAUUGAGUUGGGUUAGAUAACUGAUCCCAGAUCAGCUUUAAAGGGCUACUUCCAUCUGGAACGUGUUUGGCGGGAGCAGAAUCCCCAGGCUUCGUAUGUAGUGGCUUUUUGUGUAUGAUGUAGCUUUUUUUUCUUCUUCUUCUUCUUCUUUCCCCCACACCUCCAGUGUUGGGUUGAUACGCUGCUUUAUUCAUUCAGUAACCACAUUGUUUUUCUGAAGGAGUAUAGCUGUGUGUUUUCCUUCUCCACAUGCUAGUCUUCCCAUCGUUUUCUCUGUACAGUCCCCCUGUAACGCCUGUAUGUGCCAGUUACAUACAAAAAUCCAGGUUCAUCAUGUGUAUGUAUGUGCGUGCAUGAGCGCGCAUGCUGUAUAUCUACUGUAUUUAAAAGAAAACCGACAAUGAAUAAGGGCAGAAGUGAAAUCGUUUUAAAGUCCAAAAUGGCUGAAAGAACCGUAGAGAAUGCGGCUGUUUAGUGUGUAAUAGUUUUGGAGUGCCUUUUGCUUUCAUGGAUCUGUGUCUAACCUGGCCAUUCUUAAUCUUGGACUGGGUUUUACUCUCUUUUUUUUUUUUUUUAUUUAAAUUUUAUAUAAGAAGUACAAUGACUGAUUCAGGCGAGGGCUUCAUUUGAAAUAGUAUUGAGUUCAUUGUAAGUUUGUCUUCGUGGCCAGCGUUCACUAUUAUGCUGAUUCAAUUCGAAUUGCAAUUGGCUGUAACCCUUUGCUGAUCCUAUAGUGUGAAAUGGACUGCAGCCAGGCCUUCGCUACUUAUCUGGGACUGGUUAACUGGUCCUGAAUCAGCGGGCAUGGCCGACUUUGGUCUCGGAGUUAUGGUAGACCUCACUGGAGUGCUCCUGGAAAGCUGUUGCUCUUCUGUUGUAUCAUCCUCUAGUUCUUGCAUUGUUGCCUGGGUUCUUAUUGUAGUUUUGGGCCAACGAUGUAUCAAGCAUUAUAUGCUGACUCGAUUACGAAUUUGGCAUUGUAAGUUAGCACGCUAACUGGUUUGUUAAGCAUGACUUCAGUUUAGUUUGACUACACUUUAAAGGAGUGGUUCAGGUUUCUUUUUUAAAUCGCAAAAAAAUUGACACAAUUUUUCACUUUGUAAUCACUCAGCCAAGAAAUCUUUGGUGCGUGAGGCUGUCUCACCCGAGCUCUUCAUAUACUCCAUCUCAUUUUUAAAUAAACGCUUUUGUAAAAUAGCUUGGAGCAUCUUUGUGUACAAGCGUAUUAUCCACAUAAAUUCCAGUACACUUCUGCCUACAAGUUGUAGGAGCAGAUUCCUAGGGGGUAGAACGAUGAAAGACUCAAGUUGUCCAAAAUGGCUGCCCCGAUAAAAUUCAUUCGAGGUUUUGUGCAUGUUCUACAUUACAAUAAGUCAUGUUGUGUCCAUAACAUCAGCAGUUCUGUGUGACUUUACCGGCCACAGUUUGAGGCCGAUGGUUACAGGAUUUUUCUUGGGUGACAUAAGGCUCUGCAUUUCAUUAUCCAUACAGCUAAAACAAACACAUGACACUGGAUUUCUUGGCUCGUGAUGGUGAAACAUUGUGUGAAUUUGGUGUUAUUCCAAACUAUUCCUUUAUUUCAAGUCCAAACUCAGCUUUCUAAACUGAGUCUCUCUUCAUAAUACAUGCCUUUUGAUCUAUUUAAUUGUGUUCAUGAGGAUGCAAAGGGUAAAAUCUGGUCCGAGAUCAGCACUUGGUGUUUAUUACAUUUGGAGUUUAGUAAAUUUCUUAGAACAAGUGCGCUUGUGGCCAUGCAAGUUUUCCUGAUUUAAUCAUUUUAUUCAGUGCUGAUCUAUGGUCAAAUUCUGUUUUCUGUGACGCUCUGCACUGACGCCGAGGCUGCUUUCUAACCCAAGAACUCACUGAACGGUGGGAAGAAAAGGAUUUUUUAUUUUUUUUUUAUUAUUGUUUCCCCUUCCAAUGGUGCUCAUAUGUUACUAUCCCCGUUCCUUCAAUGUAGUUUUACUGAUGAGAGACUUGAUGGUAACAGACUGACGCCAUUAUUUCGCUUCAGCCAUAAUGCGAACUCACUGUUUUAAUGAUGCAUAGGAAGUUUUAGCUGUUUUUGCAGUUUCUUUUUGUUUAGUAUAAUUUUUACCGACUAACCAGUAAGAAAGGGAUGUGAUAUAUGAUGUAAAAUGUCAUAUUCUGCAGUAUUACCUAAUCAACUCAAUGGCAAUAAGUAUUACACAAGUGGAUAUUGGGUUAUUAUUAUUAUUAUUAUUAUUAUUAUUAUUAUUAUUAUUAUUAUUAUUUUGUUUACACUGCUCUAACAUGCGCUUUCAGCAGCACCCAAUCAAUAGGGAGAGAUGUCAUGUAGCACUAAGUACAUAAUUAAAAAACAAAAAAACACACAUUUAAGAGUAUGUAAAUGCUUUCUGCCUGUAAAAUCUACAGCCAUAAAUGUUGCUUUCUAAAUGACUACAGAACUGAUCAUGUUUCUAGUGACGUUUUUGUCUCAGAACCUGUACAGGUUGGAUGAAAAUGCUGAAAAGGAAAAAAAAAAAAAAAAAAACGCAUACAAGUAAAAAAAUAUUCGCUGCAUAUUUGGACACACUUGUGUAUAGCUGUUGGCGGUUAUAAGAGACUUUGUAACUACAGAAAGAGCCGACUAAGAUGUUGCUAUUACUUGAAUGCCUGUUUAAUAAUUUUUAUUUUAUUUUAUUUUUUAAAUAAUUCACUCGAAACAGAUUUGUUUGUUUUUCUCUCCUGUGAUGGUUAUGCUAAAUGUCUCUCUCUGUAAAUAGCGAUCCCUUCCUCUGUGUAAAAUGGUUCAGAGACGUAGUUACCCGGUACUGUCAUUUGCAUUGAAUAAAGUGUAGGUUAGCCUGAUAA